CAGCAAGUGGUUCGUUUUCCUUUUUUUUUCCUCCCACAAAAUUUACCAUUUUAACCACUUUUAAGUGUAUGACUUAGUGACCUUAAGCACAUUCACAGUGUUGUGCAUUGAACACUUGCUGUGAGAUCUACCCUUGGAACACGUUUUCACAUGUACAACGCAAUGUUUUUAACUAUACCCACAGCAGACUCCUGUGGACCAGUCCUGGUGCCCAGGACUUAGGGGAUAUGGAAUAACCAACCGCCCCCCACCCCAGGCCCUUUGAUGGUGGUGGGGAUUCAUUAUGCUCAUUGUACAGAUGAGGAUUUUACAGAUUUGAGGCCAGGAGGAGACAGCUUGGUCAAUGUAUUAGUUUCCUGUGGCUGCUGUCACAAAUUACCAUAAACUGGGUGACUUAAAACAACAGAUUUAAUCUCUCACAGUUCUGGAGGCCAAAAGUCCAAAAUCAUUGUGUUGGUAGGGGUGCCCUCCCUCCAAAGCUCUAGGGGAGGGUCCUUCCUGCCUCUUCCAGCUCCUGGUGGCCCCAGCCACAUUCACAUGGUGUUCUCCCUCUGUGAGUCUGUCCUCUCCUGAGGACACCCGUUGUUGGAUUUAGGGCCCACCCUAAAUCCAGGAUGAUCUCAUCUCAAGAUCCCUAAUUACAUUUCCAAAGACCCUAUUCCUAACUAACAUCACAUCCAUAGGUGCUGGGGCUUAGGACUUGGGCAUAUCUCUUUGGGGGCCACAGUUCAACUGACGACAGUCACAUACAGUACCAGGAGAGGAGAGGGUUGAGGAGAUGAGGAAACUCAAGAAGAGACUUGGAGGAAGGGGUAGGUAGCAACACGGUGGGAAUAGAGUACUAAAUAAGAAAGAACCUGGGUAUGGCCCUCAUCCUGGCUGUGACCUUGAUAGCCCACUGCUCCUCUCUGGGCCUCAGGUUCUACAUGUGAGGACAGAAAGCAGUCAGAGCUGCUCUCCAAACCCUGCUCAGUUUCUACAGACAUGAUGUGCUUUUAGGGACUCUUACAGCAGAGAGGAGACUUCUACAUCCAUGAUAUGAUUUUUAGGGAUUCUUAGAGCAGAGAGGAGACUUCUGCAUCCAUGAUGUACUUUUGGGGACUCUUACAGCAGAGAGGAAACAUCUACAUUCAUGAUGUGAUUUUUAGGGACUCUUACAGCAGAGAGAGGACUUCUACAAACAUGAUAUGCUUUUAGGGACUCUUAUAGCAGAGAGGGAACUUAUACACCCAUGAUGUGGUUUUUUAGGGACUCAUAUCAGAGAGGAGACUUAUCCAUGAUGUGUUUUUAGGGACCUCCAGAGCCCACUGUUGGUUUCUAGUCCCUGCCUCACCUUCAGGCCAGGAUCCCCACUCACCAUAGAGGAAGGCCUCAGGCCAGAGGAGGCAGGUGUUCUGGGUGGGGGUGCCCUGCUCUUCACAAUCUCAGAUGCCACGUUGGUCUGAGAUGCCUUCCUUCAGCCCCACACCCACUUGGUGGUCAUGACCACCUCUUACACUGCCAAGGUCCUCAUCACUCUGUCAGCCGUUAAGGGUGGGAGACUCAUGACAGACUAACUGGUGGGUAAAUGAAGUGAGCACCCUCUCCCUUCCUAAAGGGCCCCCCAGAACAACCUUCCACCCCAGGGAAACGUGCUAAAGGAGCAAUAUUUCCAGCCUCCAUCUGUCUAAAGCCCAUAUUCUGUUUUGUUAAAUUGAGAUAUAGUUGAUAUAAAACAUUGUGUACCUUUAAGGUGUACUGGUGUUGAUUUGAUACAUUGAUAUGUCACAGUAUGAUUAUUACCCUGGUAAUGUUAGCUAACAUCUCUGUGGCAUCACAUAACACCUAUUUUUUUUUUUUGUGGUGGGACCAAUUAAGAUUUAGUCUUUCAGCAACUUUGAAAUUUAUGACACAGCAUUGUUGUCUGUAAUCACUAUACUGUGACCAUGUUCUGUUUGAAGGCAUUUAUAUCCAAUUCCUGAAAACGACGUUAUGAUCGCAGCUUUAUUGAGAUACUCUUCAUAUACCACCAACUGCCCACUCAAAGUGUGCAUGUGGUUUUUAGUAUUUUCACAGUUUUGCAGCUAUCACCACAAUCAGUCUUAGAGCAUUUUCAUCACCCCCAGAAGAGACCCCGUGCCUUUUCCAAAUCACCCAUCCCCUCCAGCCCAAGGAAACCACUAGCAUAAUUCACUUUUUUUUUUUUUUUUUGCUGCGCCGCGUGGCUUGCAGGAUCCCCGACCAGGGAUUGAAGCCGUGCCCUCGGCAUGAAAGUGCAGGGUCCUAACCACUGGACUGCAAGAGAAUUCCCCAUAAUUCAUCUCUAAAUGUUGGUGUUUCCAAUCAUUUGGGUUGUUUUCAGUGUUUUUUUUUCUUUUAAUUUUUUUAAAAUUGAAGUAUAGUUGAUUUACAAUGUGUUAAUUUCUGCUGUACAGCAAAGUGAUUCAGUUAUACAUAUACAAACAUUAUUUUUUAAAUAUUCUUUUUCAUUAUGGUUUAUCCUAGGAUACUGAAUAUAGUUCUCCAGGGACUUCCCUGGUGGUCCAGUGGUUAAGACUCCUCACUUAAAAUGCAGGGGGCGUGAGUUCCAUCCCUGAUUGGGGAACCAAGAUCCCCCAUGCCCUGUGAUGUGGCCAAAUAACAAAAGCAAACAAAAAAAACCCCCGUCAAAUAUAGUUCUCUGUGCUGUACAAUAGGACCUUGUUGUUUAUCCUUGUGUUUCAUGAUGAUAAACAAUUACUACUCUGCACUCAGUUCCAGUGUGGGGCUUGCUCCCCUCACCAACAAGCCAAUCUCCAACACCAGCUGGGCGUCCUACAAGUCAACUCAGUUCUGACGCUAUCCCACAGGUUAAGGACUCAGUCCUACAAGACUGCCACCUUUUACCCCCCACCCCCACUUCAGAUUCCGGUGACAAGCCCAGGUUGUUAACCUGUGCUUCUGACCAACUGGCUAUAAAUCAGAGGUUCCCAAGACCCCCCUCCUCGGGUUGGAUUAAUUUGCUAGAGCAGCUCACAGAACUCAGAAAAACGUUUUGCUUACUAGAACACUGGUUUAUUACAGAAUGUAACUCAGGAACAGCCAGAUGGAAGCACAGGCACAGGGCAAGGUGUGGGGAGAGGGCACGGAGCUUCCAUGCCCUAUCCAGAAAAUGUUCCUCUCCCCAAUCUCCACGUGUUCACCAACCCCGCAGGCUAACUAUAGAUUGAGACUAGGCUGGGACCGGGUGGCCUGACCCCCUACUUCAAGGUCAUUCCCUCCAGUCCCAUUUCCACCUGGUGCUCUGGCCACACAGAAAUCCCCCCAGAUUACCCCCAGCCCUCUCCUCCCUCUUAGCCCUGACAUGGGCUCUCCCCUCUGCCUGUGAUGACUUCCCAAUGCAGUUCUUCACUUGACCAAACCCUGCUCUUGUACGAAGACUCAGCCCCAGUGUCACCUCCCACUAAGGGACAGAUGCUUCCUCGGUGCUCUCACCAUUGUAGCCCACUUCCUGUCACUCUGCGGUUACCUUCCCAGUCUGCCUCCUCACCACAGUGUAAGCUUGGCCAGGGCUGGAAGAGGCUGUUUGCCCUUGGAGUCCCCGGCGUUGGUAGAGCUUGUGGUCCUGCCUGUAGGAAGCCAUAGGUGUUGGGAAAACACCUGCAGGCAGGCAGGGAAUUGCUUCAAGACGGUGAAUGAACACGGCUUCAGUUCUUGAACCACACAAGGAGAGGAAAGCGUGGAGCAGAGAGACUGAAGUCCACUGAGCAGCAAAAACAGUGAGAAACUCCUGGGAAGAUUGAAGGGGAUUGUGAGCUGGUGGUGGAGGAGUGGACAGGGUUGGCAGCUGGAGCGGGCUAGAAAGAGGAUAGCCACGGAGUCUGUAAAAAGAGAGUUUGGCCCCUCCUGGGGGCAGGCCCCACAGAACUGAAAACAUACAAUGUUUUCGUACAUACAACAUACAACUGAAAACAUACAAUUCAAGCAACAUUAUUUUUAACAGCCAAAAAGGUGGAAACCCAAAUGUCCAUCAGCUGGUGAAUGGAGAAACAAAUUGUCAUCUAUCCAUAGAGUGGAAUAUUAUUCAGCCACGAAAAGGAAUGGACUAUGGACUUUGGAUGAUUAUCAUUGUGUUCAUCAAUGGUAACGUGUACAUUUUGGGGAUGUUGACAGUGGGGGAGGUUAUGCAUGAUGGGGGCAGAGGGUGUAUGGGAAAUCCCUGUACCUUCUACUCAGUUUUGCUGUGAACCUAAAAGUUGUGGUGAAAAUAACUAUGUCAUGGGCCAGCAAACUUUUCCUGUAAAGGUCCAGGUAGUAACUUAGAUCAGACAUGGGAGCAAUGAAGGUGAGUGGACUCCAAAUCCCAUCAGGCCAUGGGGUCAUGACUUCAUGAGCUGCAGUGACACAGAGAGUCCAAGUGCUCAUGGGAGUUGUAGUUUAAGGGGGCAUGUCUAUUUGGGGACAACAGAGAAUGAGGGAUGAAGAGGUAUUUUGAUUUAGGGGAAGGAAGGGAUAAGCUAUUUCUCAGAGAACUGACCUGACUGGUGAGGAGUGGGGAGUUGGGAAGCCCUCCUGGAUGGAGCCUACUGAUUCCUCUUGUCCCCUCCACCCAGCCCCGGACCCCGUCAUCAUCACCUCCUGUAUCAGCACCUCGGGGGGGGGCCACGGAGUCACCCUCACCUAGUCCUGCCCCCUGGGAGGCUAUGAGGCCUUUGAGUUGGAGGUGGGCAGGCCGGGACUCCAGGACAGCUCCUCUUGUGGGAGAGACGUGUGGGUGUCGGGACUUAGGCCGGCUCAGUCCUACCCAGCCACCAUCACGACCGUCUGGGAUGGAAUGAGGGCCCAGUCUGCCUCCGUGACCUGCCACACCGAGAGCACAGGGGCCAUCGUGGGAGCCAUAGUCAGUCCCCUUCUGUUUCUCAUCCUGGUGGGCCUGCUGGUUUUCUUCCUGAAGAGGAGGCAUAAGAAGAGUGAGAAGAAACCAGCACCCGGGGAUCUGGUGUUCAGCUUCCCAGGGGACGUCCUGGCUGAAGACUUUGCCGACCACGUCAGGAAACACGAGGACAGCGGCUGUGGCUUUGCUGAGGAGUACCAGCCGGCCCUGGAGGACCACAGCCAGUCCCAGACGGUGGCCUCAGCUCCGGAGAACAGCGCCAAGAACCGUUACAGAAACGUGCUGCCCUAUGACUGGUCCCAUGUGCCCCUGACGCCCCUCCCUGGGGAGCCGGGCUCUGAGUACAUCAACGCCAGCUGCAUCCCUGGUCUCUGGAGCCUCUGGGAGUUCAUUGCAGUCCAGGGCCCCCUUCCCCACACUGUGGGCGACUUCUGGCGCCUGGUGUAGGGGCAGCGGAGCCCCACACUGCUCAUGCUGACCAACUGCGUGGAGUCUGCCCAGGUGAAGUGUGAGCAUUACUGGCCUCUAGACGCCCAGCCCUGCACCCAUGUGACCCUGGUGGGUGAGGAGGUGAUGGAGAACUGGACAGUACGAAAUCUGAAGCUCUGGCAUAUGCAAGAGCAGAAGACUUUAUCUGUGCAUCAGUUCCACUAUGUGACCUGGCCAGACCAUGGCGUCCCCCACUCCCCAGGCCCCUUGCUGGCCUUCUGGAAGAUGCUCCGGCAGUGGCUGGACCAGACCGUGGGGGGAGGCCCCCCCAUUGUACACUGCCCCGCUGGCGUGGGCCGCUCGGGCACCCUCAUUGCCCUGGAUGUCCUGCUGUGGCAGUUGGAGAGUGAGGGUCUCGUGGGGCCCUUCAGCUACAUGAUGGAGAUGUGAGAAAGCCGGCCACAUAUGGUGCAGACUGAGGCCCAGUAUGUGUUCCUGCACCAGUGCAUCCUUAGGCUUCUGCAACAGUCAACCCCAGUGCCCGCUGAGAAGGGGCCCACCUAUGAGAACCUGCUUUUCGAGAAUGUAGCUCCUACAGAGGCCUAAGCUGCGGGAGGGCUGAGACCCCAGCCCAUCUAGACUCAAAUGCUGCAUCCCUACUUCACCCCAGAUACCUGGACCCCUGGGACAGCAGAGGGCUGGGGUCCCACACCCCUGGGCCCUGCAGGAAGAGGGGGCUGGCAGCCUAAAUUCCUGCUUUCCGGAGGGGGAGAGAGGUCAGGUGGGAGCCCAGAUCCUGGAUUUCCAGUUCCUUGAAGAAGGAGAGGGAUGGGAUCUAGGAUUUCCUUGUUGCUUUUUGAGGGAGGAAGAGGCUGCAGGGUCUCAAGGAAACAAGCUGAUUUCUGAGGAAGAAAGGAAGUAACGAGGGUCCAGAAUUGUGGCCACCCAAGGCGCGAGGGCAGGCCAGGCAGGGUCCUGCCCGUAUUUUACUCCAGAAACUGAAUCAUCAACCUUCGAGGAUCUGAGGUUUCCCUGCACCCCACUGCCUGUACAUAUUUUUUCUUUUAUCCCAUAAUUUAUUAAAUCACUGUGCUCCCCAGAGACACUUGCCCCAUUGGAUUUCUGGGUCUGGAAAUAAUAUUGGGGUGGGUUCCUGACGUUUAGGUACUGAGGCCAAUGUCCUAGGGAGGAAACUAGGGGGACUCACAAUUUGCACCUGAAAAACGUAGAUUUGGACAGUUGAGUCUCUCCGAGAAGGCUGUAGGUCUAGGGUCUGGGCAGUGUGGACUCGCUUCCCUGGAGCUGGGAGCACGGGGGCUUGCCUUCUGGGCACGGCCUUAGGGGAAUUUAGAGGGUGGAGUGAAGUCUGUAUCGGAUUUGCUGGAGAAUUUCACGCUUAGUCUCCUGUCUGGAUAUCUGAAUAGCUGGGUCUCCGGAGAGGGUCUUCUGGGUCCUAGAACCCGAUAUCCCGGAGCCUGGUUCUAUG